CAACUCUCUGUGCUUGUUAUGCAGAUAACUAUGUGCAUCGGCUCGUGGCCAGCAAGACCGACGGGAAGAUGGUGCAGUAUGAAUGUGAAGGAGACACCUGCCAAGCUGAGAAAAUUGAUGCACUCCAACUAGAAUACUCAUACUUGCUGACGAGUCAGCUGGAGUCUCAGAGGAUUUACUGGGAGAACAAGAUUGUUCAUCUGGAGAAGGAAACGGCCGAGGAGAUUAACAACAUGAAGGCAAAAUUUAAGGAGACGCUGGAGCGCUGUGACAACUUGGAGCAACGACUGGGAGAAAUAACCAAAGAAAAGCAAAGCAUGGAUAAAAAGUGUAUUCAGUUGAACAGUCGAGUGGUGAAGCUGAGCCAGGAGCUGAAGGAGGAGCAGGAGAUGAACCACUGUCUGAGAGCCAAUCAGAUGCAGCUGCAGUCACAGCUCGCAGAGGAGGAACGCAAAGGAAAGGAGAGCGGAGAUCGUAAAGACGUGGCGAUAACAGAGCUGCAGGAGCAGCUCAGAGACGUGAUGUUUUACUUGGAGACCCAGCAGCAGAUCGAACACCUGCCUCCCGAGGCUCGCAGUGAAAUCCAGGAGGGACAGAUCAACAUCCCGGCUGGCCCGUCAGACGGUGCCCUGGGCUCGGCCGGGGCGGGCCCAUCCUCCAGCAGGGGCAGGAGAGGCCGGGGCAGGAAGAGGAAGUAGGGCAGAAACUGUACAGCAGCCUCUCGGUGUGGACACGUUUCCGGCUGUACUUUUGUUAACGUGUCUGCAUCGUUGUGGCUCCACAGAAAGCACUCAGAGAGGACGACUUCAUGAAGAAAGAGUAAAUAGUGAUGAUAUUUACCUGCACAAUUUCCCACUUAUGUAGCUUCUGCAAGAAGAAGAGUGGAGCAUGUGGGAGGAUCGCUCAGUCAAGACAUCAGUGAUGUGAUGUACAUAACGUCUGCUGUUUUCAAAUCCUAAGAGUAUCUAUUUUGGUCAUAAGUAGUAUUUAUUUGAUCAAAACUAUGUUUCUUUGUGCCCAGUUUAGUACCAUGUGUUCUUAUCAAAGUCUGUCUGGCUUUUUUAUAUUUCUUUAAAAUAUAAAGGUGACAGCUGAGCAAAGAGAACCUCUAGAUGAAUGUUUGUUUUGUGCAAAGGAAAAUAAUGACCACAUUUUGUCAUUGUUAGACUUUUUUUUUUUUUUGUUCUGGACUAAGAUUGAACAGUAGUUUAUAAAGACAGACAGAAGAGA